CGUCGGGUUGACGGAAAUUGCCGAGCUCGACCUCAACGGGAAUUUGUCGAAUCUGGGGCUUUUAGUCCCUUCCGACUUUCCGUUACCAAGCCCUUCAAACGAAGUUAGCCGAGGGCGCCAUAUUGAAUAAGUGACCCGGCCUCUAAGGGGGUCGGUGUAAUCCAGACGUUCAGCGGAGCAGCCUCGGCGGUUCCCGCGAGAAGGGAAAAUGCAGGACAGUCCCGUCUCAGGGGAGGAGGCCGUUUUCAUCGGGAGAGGACAACCGUGUCAAGUGACCUAGACCGAAAGCAGGAACGUUUCCCUCCACCAAAAUACCCCUGUACCAGAACAUCGUUCUUUGACCGCCAUUGCCUUAGCAACCACCCACGCCUCUGAUUGUUUUGUUUUGUCCAUUGAUUGCAUUGGCAAUAUGAUAAGGAUACCUCUAAGAAGGGCCUUGGCAGGCCUUGCUAAGUCUCCUAAAGGAUGUGUUCGUGCAACUUCCACAGCAGCAAGCAACUUGAUUGAAGUAUUUGUGGAUGGUCAAUCUAUCAUGGUGGAACCAGGAACUACUGUCCUCCAAGCUUGUGAAAAGGUUGGCAUACAGAUCCCUCGAUUCUGUUACCAUGAAAGAUUGUCUGUUGCUGGAAACUGCAGGAUGUGCCUUGUUGAAAUUGAGAAAGCUCCUAAGGUUGUAGCUGCUUGUGCCAUGCCUGUAAUGAAGGGUUGGAAUAUCCUGACCAACUCAGAGAAGUCUAGGAAAGCCAGAGAAGGUGUGAUGGAGUUCUUACUAGCAAAUCACCCACUGGACUGUCCUAUUUGUGACCAGGGAGGUGAAUGUGAUCUACAGGACCAGUCCAUGAUGUUUGGAAGUGAUAGGAGCCGAUUUUUAGAGGGGAAACGUGCUGUGGAGGACAAGAACAUUGGGCCGUUGGUAAAGACCAUUAUGACUAGAUGUAUACAGUGUACUCGCUGCAUCAGGUUUGCUAGCGAGAUUGCAGGAGUAGAUGAUUUGGGAACAACAGGCAGAGGAAAUGAUAUGCAAGUUGGCACAUACAUUGAAAAGAUGUUCAUGUCAGAGCUGUCUGGGAAUAUCAUUGAUAUCUGCCCUGUAGGUGCCCUGACCUCUAAGCCCUAUGCCUUCACUGCCCGGCCCUGGGAAACAAGAAAGACAGAAUCCAUUGAUGUAAUGGAUGCAGUUGGGAGUAAUAUUGUGGUAAGCACAAGAACUGGAGAGGUGAUGAGGAUUUUGCCCAGGAUGCAUGAGGACAUUAAUGAAGAGUGGAUCUCUGAUAAAACUAGAUUUGCCUAUGAUGGGCUAAAACGUCAAAGACUCACCGAGCCAAUGGUCAGAAACGAAAAAGGGCUUUUAACCUAUACCUCCUGGGAAGAUGCACUCUCUCGUGUAGCUGGAAAGUUGCAGAGUUUUCAAGGCAAGGGUGUAGCAGCAAUUGCAGGUGGUUUUGUGGAUGCUGAAGCCCUGGUAGCUCUCAAAGAUUUACUUAAUAGAGUGGACUCUGACACCCUAUGUACUGAAGAAGUCUUCCCCACCGCAGGAGCUGGCACAGAUUUACGUUCUAAUUAUCUUCUUAAUACUACAAUUGCUGGUGUGGAAGAGGCAGAUGUUCUCCUUCUGGUUGGUACAAAUCCACGUUUUGAGGCACCACUAUUUAAUGCCAGAAUUCGAAAGAGCUGGCUUCAUAAUGACUUAAAAGUGGCCCUCAUAGGCAGCCCAGUGGAUCUGACGUACAGAUAUGACCACCUGGGAGACUCUCCCCAAGUUCUUCAAGACGUUGCUUCAGAUGAGCAUCCCUUCAGCCAGGUCCUAAAGGAAGCUAAAAAACCAAUGGUGGUUUUAGGGAGUUCUGCACUUCAGAGAAAUGACGGUGCUGCAAUCCUUGCGGCUGUUUCCAGCAUUGCACAAAAGAUUCGGACAAGCAGUGGUGUUGCUGGUGAUUGGAAAGUUAUGAAUAUUCUUCACAGGAUUGCAAGCCAGGUAGCUGCUUUGGACCUUGGCUAUAAACCUGGGGUGGAAGCAGUUCGAAAGAACCCUCCCAAAGUGCUGUUUCUCCUAGGAGCAGAUGGAGGUUGUAUCACUCGACAGGAUUUGCCAAAGGAUUGUUUCAUUAUUUAUCAAGGACAUCAUGGUGAUGUCGGAGCUCCUAUAGCUGAUGUUAUUCUCCCAGGAGCUGCUUACACAGAGAAGUCUGCUACUUACGUCAAUACCGAGGGCAGAGCUCAGCAGACUAAUGUAGCUGUGACACCACCUGGUUUGGCAAGAGAAGACUGGAAAAUUAUAAGAGCACUAUCUGAGAUUGCUGGUGUAACUCUUCCGUAUGAUACUCUGGAUCAAGUGAGGAACAGAUUGGAAGAAGUUUCUCCUAAUCUUGUUCGAUAUGAUGAUGUUGAAGGAGCCAACUACUUCCAGCAAGCAAAUGAGCUCUCAAAGCUAGUAAAUCAGCAACUGCUUGCUGAUCCGCUUGUUCCCCCUCAGCUAACAAUAAAAGACUUCUACAUGACAGAUUCAAUUAGCAGAGCCUCACAAACAAUGGCCAAGUGUGUCAAAGCUGUAACAGAGGGUGCCCAGGCAGUGGAGGAACCAUCCAUAUGCUGAAACAUCUACUAGAAACCCAGUUUUGCUCCAGAUGAUUAAUGGACAGUUACGUUGGAGUGAUCCCUUAGAGGUUAAUCUCUUUAAUGAAAAAAAUCUGAAGGAUGUAUUAUUUAAGGUUAAAAAAUCAUGCUUAUUUGAAAAUGACAUUGCAUUUGUCAGAGAACUUUAGGGUUUCAAAAGUGUUAACAUAUUAAGUGUGCACGUUGUUAAAUAAUUUAAUAAAAGUGUAUACAGAUGUUCUUUCAUAUAAUAGCAAUGAUAGUCUUUGGGACAAAAAAAGGAACAUCCUUAAAAUACGAACUUUUUGUUCAUCUUCAUGGAUCCCUUUGUAAAAUGGAAGGAAUGAGAAGAGCUUCCAUUAGGACCCACCUUUUUCUAGUGCUAAAGAAAAGAUUUAAGCAUUCUGUCAAGCUGGUUAAAUAGGGAAAAAAUAUGUCAUGUAAUUAUACAUUAGCUACAUGUAUCUUGGACAACUAUAAUCAUGAUAAUGAUAGCUAAGAACUUCAAUUUUUUCUGUGUGCUAAACACUCUAGUUUCAUACGUAUUAUUUUGUCCUUGUAACAACCAUGUGACAUAGUCUUACAAUCUCAUUUUAUAGAUGAAACUAAAGCACUAGGAUAUUAGUUCGCCCAAGGCCACAUAGCAGGAAGAGUCACAGACUCAAUCCCAGCUGUCUCGGACUCCAGAGCCCGUCGUUCUUAACUCCUGCACAUAAUUCUCCUCCAUUAAUACAGGUUCUGUGGGUUUACUUUUAAGAAUUAAUAUCAAGAAACUCAGUAGGUGACGCAUUUUUCUGUUUUCUCUGCUUUCACACACACACACACACCUCCUCAGGAACUGGGGGUGCUGCUGCAACUAUAAAAACAAAGUCUCAGAAUGAGGCAGAUCGUGAGAGAAACGAUUUACCUCGUUGAUGGUUUGUGUUCAUUAGCGUCAUCGGUGGUGUUUAGUCAACUAAAUUAUUACAGUGAUGGACGAUAAGUGCUAGCUUUCAUAAAUUUUCAAUUGUCAACAAAAAGUAAGGAAGAAAUUGCAAUAAAUCUAGAAGAAAAUCUUAAAGCUAGAUUAAGUUUUUUUCAAAAUUUAUGUUCAGGAUAUUUUUGCUUUGUAAUCUAUUCCUUUCUGCCUUCAAUAAAAACAGGCCAACUAUAGGUUUCCAUUUUCCUAAUGUAACAGGUUUUUAGAAUAGCACCGUAUCAUUAGUCCUUUUAUUUUUUAAACCUCGUGUAACAUUUGUCACCUGUUAACCACUUUUUUAGAACAAUUUAUCCUUUCCAGUGAUAUGUCAAAGUGUCCUAUUGGCACAAUGGUUAAAGCGCUCGGCUGCUAACCAAAAGGUCGGCAGUUCUAACCCACUAUCGGCUCUCCAGGAGAAAAGACCUGGCAAUCUGCUCCUGUAAAGAUUUUAGCCUAGGAAACCCUGUGGGGCAGUUGUAUUCUGUCCUGUAGAGUUGCUAUGAGCCAGAGUUAACCUGACAGCACACAACAGCAGUGGUAUGUCAUGAAGUUGUGUACUACUUUGCUUAAAAAUUCUAUUUGCCUGAAAUUACAUAAAUUCUUCUAGAAUGUCAUUGAAUUCAACCCAAACUUCCCAUCCCUGUCUGCCUCCUUCACUCAUUAGCACUGUGCUUACCUCGAGGGGACACGUACUCUCAGUUUUAUAUUUUAUACAGUACUCUUCAGUGAAUGUGUGUAGACUUAAUAGGGUUGUUGGUGAAGGAAUACUGUGUCAAAAUGACGAAGAGAUGAUAAAUAAGCUGAGCUGAUCCUGCAUCCUGCGUAUUCCUUAUGCUGCCCUGUAGGCAGCAUAUGUUAAAUAACAUGUAAUUUUCUGAAGAAUAAUUGCGGGAUAUGGAACCUGUUUGUGGUAGAUGAUUUUUUUGGCCACUGGUCCUGGUUCUGAGAGUAGGACCACAGCUGAGGCCAGUGAGUGAGGGAUGACCCAACCAGGAAUCACCUGAGGGCCUAUGCUAACUAAGCCUCAGGAGCUGUGAUGAGGUCUGAGUGUAUGCCCUUGUGGCGUAACACAUGGGUUCUGGGGUAUAAAAAUGGCUGGCAGAGGAAACUCACAGUCUCUUCAACUGAGGUGCUAGGUGGCGUGCACUUAGCAUAAAAUUUCAGCUCACCUAAUUAGGCCUACCUGGCCAGGGGGAGACUGGCAGAAGGUAGGUUCCCCAUGUAGUCCCUUCCCUUUAAGUCCCUCACAUGACAAAAAGUGGGGUGUAUGUGGAAGAGUCAUCAUCUGCAUGUGGACAGCCUUCUUGAUUUGGGGGGGAUGCUCAAAUGGGUCCGCACUUGUUUUGGGUUGCUCUCUGCUUCCUGUUGUAAAUAAUAAAAGCUGCUUUUCACGUGCUCAUGCUUUGAGAGUAUCUGGUAUGUUCAGACUGAUUACAAUAUUGGUGAUUUCUGAUGACUUUCUAGUUAGAAACUGGGACAAACUGUCACACAAAUACCUUGCUGGGGUAAGUAGUGCUCAAUAAAAUUUGUUGAUUUUUAUGUAAA